AUGCCUCAAUCGCGUCUUUUCAACCCUCUUCAGAUCGGCCAAGUAGAAGUGAAGCAUCGCAUUGGAAUGGCUCCCCUUACUCGCUUCCGAGCAACUGAAGAUCGAAUCCCGACACCCCUGAUGAAGGAAUACUACAGCCAAAGAGCAGCUGUACCUGGUACCCUCAUCAUCAGCGAAGGGACUUUUAUCUCAGCAACAUGCGGCGGCUUCACUCAUGCACCAGGAAUAUGGCACGAAGACCAAGUUUCUGCGUGGCGAACCAUCACCGACGAAGUCCACCGAAAAGGAUGUUACAUAUUCUGCCAGUUAUUUGCCAUGGGUCGUGCUGCGGAUGAUGAAGUCGCUAAAAAGGAGGGCGUUCCUAUCGUUGCACCUAGCGCUAUUCCAAUGCAUGAUGGAGCCGUGACACCACAGGCCAUGACAGUCCAAGAAAUCAAACAAACCGUUCGGGAAUUCACGGAUGCUUCGAUAAAUGCUAUCAGGGCGGGAUUCGAUGGCGUUGAAAUCCAUGGCGCCAAUGGUUUUCUCCUCGAUCAGUUCAUCCAGGAUGUCAGCAAUGCGCGCGAUGAUGAGUAUGGCGGCAGUGUGUCGAAUAGAUCGCGUCUUCUCAACGAGGUCGUCGAAUCUGUCGUCGAUGAAAUCGGCUCUGACCGUGUGGGGCUUCGACUGAGUCCCUGGAGUACGUUCCAGGGUAUGAGAAUGGAAGAUCCAAUCCCGCAAUAUACGGAUGUGAUUCACAACGCCAGUCGGUCAGGCUUGGCCUAUCUACAUCUCGUGGAGUCGCGGAUCUCUGGUGCCAUGGACCAUGAUGGUCGUGAUCAGCUAGACUUUGCAUAUGAUCUCUGGCAUGGGGUUCUUCUUGUUGCUGGUGGAUAUACUCCUCAGGAAGCUGAUGAUCUUGUGAAUAAGAAGUACCCAGGCAAGGAUAUUGUGGUCAUGUUUGGUCGUCACUUUAUCUCGAACCCGGAUCUUGUAUACCGGAUCAAGGAGGGCCUGGAGCUCAAUGCCUACAAUAGAGAAACUUUCUAUUCGUUAGAGUCGGUUCUAGGUUAUUCGGACUACCCUUUUGGCAAGGAGUAUCUGGAAGGGGUGAAGGUGAAGGCUUAG